AUGUUACCCCUCGAGCUCCUUCGCUAUCGCAACUCUCUGCUGUUGUCUGCGGCCGCUGCUCCACUGUCGCGGCGAUGCAUCCACUCGUCGGCCCUGGCUAAGGAAACCGCGUCAACACACGCAACCACGCUCCCCACCGCCUUCAUCAUGAGCUGCCGCUUCCUGAUGACAGCAGCAGCGGCGAAUGACAGCUCCAGCGCCCACUCCUCCCCUCGUAACGCCUCCAUCGAUGUCUCCCAACUGCGCGGGGUGCGUGAAACCCUGAAGAAGACGCUCGCCGCGAAGCGCCAGCAGCUGGACGCGAUGGAGCACAUCAAGGUCGAAUGCGCAAAGAUCGCCUACCAUUAUCCGGAUGUUUUCAUGAAGCAGCUGUUUGCCUUUCUCGUGCUACAGGCGGUGGUGCUCUUCGACUGGACAUACGUCCACUUUGGCUGGAACUUUGUCGAGCCCAUCACGUACCUUCUCGGGUACAGCGCGACUUGGAUCGCCAUCGCGUGGUAUGGCGCGAUGCAGCAUGAGUUCGGUUAUGAGGCUCUACGUCGCGCUCUCCAUGACGCCAAGUGGGAUAGGCUUUGCAAGGCGCACCAGUUUGACCAGAAGGCUUACGAGGCGCUGCGGGCUGAGGUGAAGAAGUUGGACAAAGUGGUGCGCAGCCUGGAGGAGUUGUAG